GUUAAAUUGUUGCACACACACACAACAAUAGAAACAAACUAGCAAACAAAAAACAUUGAAAAUAACACCCAACAAAACUCUUCCCUACACCUUCAUCCCCUCUCUACUUCUAAACAAGAGAAAAAUGAUCCCUUUUCUGUUCCUCUACAACCGGGCACACCAUUUCUCUAACCUCAGCCAGCCAGAUUAAAACUUUAAUCAUUUUACCAAGGACCCAGAUUGUGUGUCAAACAUUAGAACUAAGAGCAAGUGUAAGUGAGAGAUGUGGGAUGCUUCAGGCAUUGAUGAAUCUGUUUUCUUCAUGCUUUGGGCCAUUUAGGCAAAAGGACCAUUUUAGUACGAAGUUUGACUCUGCUGUUGCCAAUGGUAAUGGUGGUGUUAGUAAAGAAGGUAAAGAUGGUUUGCUUUGGUUUAGAGAUAACUGUAGAUAUGGUUGUGGUGAGUUUUCAAUGGCUGUCAUUCAAGCUAAUCAAGUUCUUGAAGACCAGAGCCAGAUCGAGUCUGGUUCUUUUGGAACUUUUGUUGGUGUUUAUGAUGGUCAUGGUGGCCCUGAAGCCUCUCGUUUUGUCUGUGAUCACUUGUUUAGACACUUUCAAGCGAUGUCAGCUGAAGCACAAGGGGUUGUGACGGCGGAGACUAUUCAAAGGGCUUUUCGAGCAACAGAAGAGGGGUUUACUGCUCUUGUUUCCGAGCUAUGGACUAGUUAUCCCCAAAUUGCAACUGCAGGGACUUGCUGUCUAGUUGGAGUUAUAUAUCAGCAAACGCUCUUUGUGGCAAACCUUGGAGAUUCUCGUGUUGUCCUGGGAAAGAAAGUUGGCAAUACUGGAGCAAUUGCUGCUAUACAAUUAUCAACUGAACAUAAUGCUAACCUUGCAGCCAUCAGGCAGGAAUUAAAGGAAUUGCAUCCAAAUGAUCCCCAGAUUGUUGUCCUUAGGCAUGGAGUUUGGAGAGUUAAGGGGAUUAUUCAGGUUUCUAAAUCUAUAGGCGAUGUAUAUCUGAAACAUGCGCGGUUCAACAGGGAACCAAUUAAUGCAAAAUUCAGACUCCCCGAUCCAAUAAGCUCGCCUAUCUUGAGUGCCAGUCCAACUAUCCUUUCCCAUCCUCUCCAACCAAACGACUCCUUCCUUAUAUUUGCAUCUGAUGGUCUUUGGGAACACUUGAGUAAUGAAAAAGCUGUAGAUAUUGUCCAUAGCAAUCCACACGCGGGAAGUGCCAAAAGGCUUGUCAAGGCUGCCCUUCAAGAAGCUGCAAGAAAAAGAGAAAUGAGAUAUUCAGAUUUAAAAAAGAUUGACAAGAAGGUUCGUCGUCAUUUUCACGAUGAUAUAACUGUGUUUGUUUUGUUCUUAAAUCACGAUCUUAUAUCCAGAGGCACACUGCAAGAUCCUCCAGUCUCUGUCAGAAGCGCGUUAGAACACCGAUAAUAUUCUGAAACUGAUUUGUUUAUUUGCGCGGCAUAUCUCUUGCGCACAAAAAUGUAGAGCUGCAUUGACACACGAUUGUACUACUCGGAUUACUAAUAUUGAGACUACUUAUUUAUGAAAGGUUUUGAAUUUGUAAAAUGUUAUUUAUUAGAAAAUUAUGUUUUAAUUAA